AUGGGAGCAGGAAUAACAUCAGUUGAGUGCAGUGAACAGGAUACUGUCAAUAUCAGUCAGGAGGCAGUUUCUUCGUGGCUAUACACUCCCUUGGAUGUCUCCAUUAAGACCAUCGUCUUACCUAUCAUCUGGUGUCUUGGUAUCAUCACUAACUUGACUUUUCUAUUUGUCAUUGUCCGUGUUCCCAAACUGAGAUCAGAUACCAACAUAUACUUGGCACACUUGUCACUUGCUGAUCUUCUCUACUCGAGUAUGGCGUCCGCAUACCACAUAAGGAGUUACACUGCAUCCGUCGUGGCAUUUCACGAUCCCUUCGUGAAUUCUGCCCAGUGUGUCAGUUUUUUUACCGUGAUGAAUACUGGCUACUUUGCAUCCAUUGCUUUAGUUACCAUGGUAUCUUUCGAGAGAUUCCUCGCCCUGUGCCAUCCCAUUAAACAUCUCAAAAUCCGCGGAAGAAGACGCACCCGUAGAAUGAUUGCAAUCUGCUGGCUGGUGGGGUUUUUGUUUUCCGCUUCAACAUCUCCGGACAUUCUAGUUCUCAACGUACGUUGUCUCCAAUGGCCCGAUGUGGACGCCUUUCUAGACUACCCAUCCAGCUAUUUGUACUGUGGACCUGUAUCACCUCGGGUAAACUACUUCAUUCCGCCCCUACUGAAUCUCCCCUGGAUCAUGGCAAUGGUGGCUAACGUUUCCAUGUAUGUAAGAAUCUUACAAAUGCUCAACAAACGCACCUCCAACCAAAAUAUUACAGUAAACACAGAUCAUGAUGCAACUCGUAUCCGAAAUCAUGUGGCGAAAAUGCUGGUCGCUAACGGCACUGUGUUCUUCUUAUGUCAGGCCCCAUAUCGCAUCUUCAGCCUGUCUAGAUGGAUCUGUCUUCUGGCUCAGAUUCCUGAUCCAUUUCGGGCUGCAUUAGGAUCAGAAAUCACAUGGAUAUCCCUUGUUCCCCAGUACAUCAAUGCAAUGGUUAAUCCGUUGAUCUACGGUGCCGUGAACCCCGCGUACCGUUCUGCGAUCAGAGUGGCGUUCAAGUGCAAAGGCCAAGCCAGAAGGCAAAACGCAUCUCUCUCUGUAAUGCGUGCACCAAAACAGAAUAACACAACAGCCUUAGCCAUAGACGAGAACAUCGAAACCAGACUGUGA